GACUACUCGCCAUUUUCUCAACUUGUUCUUCGUCAGAACAUUCGCCAUUGCCCGUCGUGUGUCAACCCUUAAUCUCCGCGUCGUUCGUCCAGCAAUCAGCGACAUUGAAUCUCAUCCACCAUCGCGUUGAAUCCUCUGACCACAGACCAAGUCUAGCCGUCGACGAACGUUCGCUAUCAUCUAAGCCUUGAACGUGAACCCGUACUGACUACUACCGGACUUCCUCUCAUUUGUGGCGACACGCAUCAGUUUGGAGGUCCAGAAUGAGCAUACUACAGCAUACGUUUUCAACCUACCGCAAGAAUUCCAGCUCAACCGUAUGGGACGAGGAGUGGCCAGAGCUCAUCACAUCCAGUCCAGUGAAAUCGCCUUCUCAUCAAUUCGAUCAUAAAGAUCUACCUGCGUCGAGCGCUGCAAAAUCAAGACCAUCUAGCUUGGAGUCGGCGAACGUAACGCCUGCGACCAAUUCCUCCCCUUCUGCGUCGACGACGGCACCUAAAGCGCCAAAGGCCAAGAAAAAGUCCGUUCACACCACAGGCAGGGUGCGCGCUGCGCGCCUAACGCUGUCGAUGCGCACGCCCGUUACUCCCUUGCUCUCUUCGCCGUCUCUUUCACCACCAUCUACCAUCGCGAGUGCGAUUGACGACCGACCGAUCCACCCUGCCACGCCGUCUCAGAUAUGCACUUCGCGCGCCACGGAUAGCGCGGUACCGCCACCUGACCCCUCGAAGAAAGACGCUACUGCCUCGUCUCCUUACGCAGAGAACUACGCCGCAGGCACGCUGGAGUACACAGACCCAGAGUCAGCGGUGAUCCUCCACCGCAAGGUCCGCGGAUUGCUCAACAAACUCACCGAUCAGAACUUCGACUCCGUCUCGGAGAUAAUCAUCACGUGGGCGAAUAAGUCGGAGGGCGAGCACGACGCCCGGUCCCUCGUCCAGGUCAUCCGACUCGUGUACGACGCGGCGGUCAACGAGCUAGCCUCGACAGAUUUGUGUGCGCGUCUCUGCUUCAAGAUGAUGCACAAGAUCACCUUGAAGGCGCAGGACGAGGGUGACACUGACGCGGAGGGCAAGCCGACCGCAGGCGGUCAGUUCUUCCGCAAGUACCUCAUGAACCUGUGCCAAGACGACUUUGAGCGCGACUGGGUUGCGAAGCCGAGCGCUACUACGAUGCAGUCGGCAGACAAUCAGGGCGCCGGGGUUGGUUCUGGGAGGGACGAGUCUCGCGAGAGUGCUGUGGAUGCGGGAGGGUGCGAUGCUGCGCCUAAGACGAAGCAAAAGGGCCUCGGUGUCGUCAGGUUUCUCGGAGCGUUGUUCAAAGAGCUCAUGCUGACGGAGCGUAAUAUGCACGAUUGUAUCAAGAAGUGCCUAGGCAACAUCGAGAAGCACGAGGAGGAGGAGAUCGAGAGCUUGUGCGUGCUCCUCAACGCCGUUGGCCAGCUGCUCGACACGACGGAGGGCCGUGCCCAGAUGGACUCCUACUUCGCGCAUAUUAUGGAGUUGACGGAGAACCCGAAGUUGAACAAGCGUAUGCAGUUCUUGCUUCUGGAUGUCAUCGAGUUGCGCGAACGCAAGUGGUUGCCGCGCGGGCAGGCUCAGGCUGCUUCCCCUACUACCACCGCCGCCGCUCACGCGCCGGCCGCGAAAAAGGCGCCUGUGAAGGAGGAGGGACAUCGGUUUGAAGAAAGAAAGUACGAGAUCUUUCAUCGUGGCCGCCAGCGGCCGCACGUCAGCUCCUGCGGCGGUGCCGUCACUGUUAAUACCCAUGCGCACGCUGCGCCAUCAUCGGAGGUGAAGUCGUCCCACUCUGAGAAAACCAGCAAGUCGAAAACCAUGACCUUUGGACCCAUGGGCGCAUUCGCGAAGAAUAAGAACAAGCGAUCAUCCGUGUCAUUGUCGCGAGGUCCAUCGAGUGCGUUUGGAAAUUGGAUGAACCCCAACCCUGGAGGCGCGGAGCCUGAGGCUGCGACCGUACAACCGAUUCGGCCACGAAGCUGCAGUGCCAGUGUUCCGUCAGGCUCUGCUGACGCUCUUGAAGCCUCACCACAACCGACGGAGCUUCCGCUGUCUCCGGAACCGCCAUCUCAGCCAAUGCCCGAUGAGCAGCCGGUCUUGACGCCGACACCCUCCGAGUCGGAGUCCUCGAGUCCUAGCACGAAGGACCAUCCUAGCGACGAUGCCUCACGUUCGUACAUGGAUACGCCCAGUCUAUCUCCCGUGUCCACCCUCCCGCCCUCGUCGCCUUGGGGCCUUCGCAGUUGCUUCUAUGAGAGAGCUAGAGACAAGGAUAUGUUGCCGUCGGGUAUAGAUGACGAUUGGCCGCCCUUCUUCAACACCCACGCAGUGUCACACAAUUCGACCUCACUUACAUCGGCUUUACCUCUCCCUUCUCCCGUCUCCACCAUGCCGCUCUUCCCGAUAAGAGACGGUCACGUUGAGUGGCAGUCAUUGAUUGCCUCUGCCAAGGACAGGAACGCUACACUGUCUCCUAAAGUGUCCUCAAGCAUGACGAAACCCACGACAGAAGACCUGGUGCCGCCGCGCCGUGGGUUCCCGGCAAAGGGUAUAGACACCGGUUCUGCAGAUGCACCAGACUGGUUGCAGUCGCGAUCCAGAGUUGUCCACCGUCAUUCAAAUCUGGUGCAGCCCGGCCCUCCAGCCACGGAAUCGGACAACGAGGACUUCGUCGUGCUGUCGACGUCGGAGGAGCAGGUGAGGGAGCAGCUCAGCGCAGGCGCGAAGAAGUUCCUCGAAUCGCGUGCGCUGGACAAAGGCGAGGCAAUCCUGUGCAAGCUUCCGUCGGCCCAUCGGUGGCGUCUGGUCAACAAGCUUGUCUCGCACGCAGUCAGCGCUGGGGUCGCCGCCGCACGGCUCGUCAGCGAUCUCUUCUCCCUUGCGGCGUCCAACGGACUGUGCUCUCCGGAUGACUUCGACGCUGGGUUCUCCCCGACGAUGGAGAUACUGGAUAUCCUCACGUUGCGGCAGCCGAGCGCGCUCAGUCUUGUUGCGAUAUUGUUGAAGGGCACGCGGCUCAAGGACGAGCAACUGAGUAGGAUAGUGCGCAAGGCUGUAAGUAGUGACUCGGAGAUGCUUCUUGCUCUGUUGCUGUAGGUUCGACUUGGCCUUUGCAUCAAUAUGAACUUCACUGUGUGUGUACGUAGUUUCGUGUAUGAGUAGGAUUUACGUUGUCUCCGCAAAUUCAAAGAUUCUACCG